AUGCGUAUGCGUACCAUGUCGAUGUCUAUGAAUGAACACUGGAAGGAGCAGCUCGCAUGGGAGAAAGGUGGCGAAGAUCUCAAGAGCGUAUGUGGCGAGGACAGUUUCCUAGGCGAGUCAGGUGUGUGUUUACCAUUGAUGCUUUCGCCUCCGCCUCCCGUGCCUUCCGAGGCCGACAUGCGGCGUGCUGUAGAACUUGAUGUGUCCCAUCAACUUUCUCUUCUUCCUGUGAUCGACAAGGAGACGGUGCAAUUCUUCGGCAAGUGGCCUCAUCUUCGCGUACUCGGCAUGCAGGAGCCCAUGUCUGUGGUGUUUUCGCUGAUGAACUUGGCCGUGCAAGUGCACGCCAUUCAAUAUGUGUUCCGUGAUUUGCUACCAUCUACCUUUCCGCUACGUUCUGUGUAUCUGACGCACGCGAAAAUCGCAUCGGUGGCCUGGUGUGCCAGUAGCGUAUUCCAUACGCGUGACUUGUGGUGGACCGAGCGCUUCGACUACUUCAGUGCUGCUGCGGUGCUUGUGUCUGGGUUCUUCCUUGCAAUGUGCCGUAUAUUGUCGAUCCGUCCGGGCACACCGCUGUAUUAUCGUAUUCGCGCUGGGUGCAUUUUGGCAUGGGUGCUUCAUGUCUUGUACCUCUUGUCGCGCUGGCGUUUGGACUACUCGUACAAUAUGGCAGCCUGUCUUGUUUUGGGCGUCAUGCACAACGUUUUCUGGCUGCUCUAUGCGCAUAUGCCGAACUUGUGCCUGCGUCUUCGGGCAUCCCUCGGGUCUAUGGACAGUGUCAACGCAUCGAUUCCUUUGGCGCCAACGAAGGGCAGCAGCUCCGAACGGCCAAGUCCUGCCAUGCUUACGCCGCAGCCUAUGAAGUUAUCCAAUCCACAGCGACGCCGUUUGGAGCUCCUGAUCUUAGCGAUGUUUGCCGCUCCAGCGCUGGAGCUCUUUGACUUCCCGCCCCUCUUCCGGUUGCUAGAUGCUCACGCUCUUUGGCACUUGGUCACUGUGCCGCUCACGAUGCUUUGGUACCACUGGCUCGCUGACGAUGCACGUGAAUGCGUCACAGCUCAUGGGUGGCAUGCUGACCACCAUGAUGUGGAACUGACAGAUGUCGAUGAGCUUGCGGCCGAGCCAUCCUCCUCCUCUAGCCGUCUCGAGACGGCCUCGAUGCUUGCGUUACCUGUAUCCAUGGCACCUCCGUCCCUGGAUGCACAGCCUCAACACCCCACUACGGCUGCUCCCACCCUCUCUGUGCCUGGGGCCGUACAGCCCUUGGUAGGCCAAGCGUAUGCUAUGCUGACUACCCUGGGCUUGUGGGGCUGGCAAGUUAUUCGCCUCAUGCGCGGCCUUCUUAUUUCUUCCUAA